AUAUAUAUAUAUAUAUAUAUAUAUAUAUAUAUAUAUAUAGAUAUAUGUGCGGCUUCUCAUCGGCUUCGACACGCAGUCGGGGAGAGGGAAGGACAGAGAGGGACUGUGUGAGGAGGAGGAGGAGAGACGUGUUUAAGACAAGGGGAUAUAACAGUUACACGGGACAUGGGUUUAUAUGGUUAACCAUACUGUGGAGUCGAGCAAUAAUAAACCAACAAACCCCAACGAGGAUUUCAAAACGCUGUUCUUUAUUGUUGGUGUGGAAAAUAAUAAAACUUCAAGACAACGAAAACAAAAAGGGGCUUGUUGCGGUUAAUUCAAAGCGUAUUAACGCAGCAGUUUCUUUAUCCAAGGACAGACCGAGGAGACGCAGACACGUAGAAACCAGGAGAGACCUGCGACUGCGUCUCUGCCCGAUAUUGCUGUAAUACUGUUAAUGUUAUUAUACCGGUUCCCGUGUCUGCUCGAAUUCGUUUUAGUCAAGUAAUCUGAGCGUCACCGACAACUUACACGUCGAAUCUGUUUCGUUUUUGACAAAAGGGCUUCUUCCGUGGAUAAUACAUACACUUAGCGGGAACCGAGAACAAAGAAACGGGCUGGUGGGUAUACCCGGCCGCGACCCCUCUCACAUACCACCGUGCAAGCGGAUUAGCUCUUGCUAUUUAUCCUCUGCAUCCGUGGAUUUAAAUUGGACCCCACGAACACUGCUUUGGACUCCUUUGUACCGAUCGUAAUAAUACGUGUAGCCGCAUUCACCCAGACGGUAUCACUGCAGCACCAACAUGUGCCUCUAAAUUCGCCCUCAGAACAGCGUUGCGUUGUCUCUGCUUGAUUUCAACCGCCUGAAAUUUUGGUUUCCUGGAUUUUAUUUUUUUUUAUUUUUUUGUGAUUUGGAUAUUUUCCGACUCCCGGAAUACUUUGAGGUCCCCGUUGUGUCCGAGACGGACGAGGCAGCGCUUUGAAGUUGCAAGCCUUUGUUUCCCCGCAGACCAAGAUGCAGCAGACAGCGUCUCGGACCCUCCCGCUGAGGCUGAAGAGGCUUGAUUUCGAGGACCCCAAGGAUACUGACACUCCCAAAUGCAAGUGCCCCCGCUUCAGCCAGCCGCCCUCCUCUCCGGGGCUGCCCCCCCUCUCCCAGAGCCCUUGUCCAGGGGUCUUGGACCACAGCAUCUCCCGGGUCGGGCCCUACGUGCUGCUGGAGGCCACCGAGGGAGGCCACUCCUACAGCGCUGUCCACAGCGUCACCGAUCAGGAGUACACAUGCAAGGUGCUGUCCAUGAAGAGGUACCACGAGCUGAUCGCCCCCUACGCCCGGCUGCCGGCCCACGAGCACAUCAGCAGGAUCGCGGAGAUCGUCACGGGGGAGCACAGCGUGUACGUGUUCUUCGCACACAGUCACGGCGACAUGCACUCCUACGUGCGCUCGUGCAAGCGACUGCGCGAGGAGGAGGCCUCGUCCCUCUUCAGGCAGAUGGCGGAGGCCGUGGCGCACUGCCACCAGCACGGCGUGGUCCUGCGAGACCUGAAGCUGCGCAAGUUUGUGUUCACCGACAAGCAGAGAACUAAGCUGGUACUGGAAAACCUUGAAGAUUCUUGCCUUCUUAAAGGGGAAGACGACUCGUUGACUGACAAACACGGCUGCCCGGCGUACGUGGGACCAGAGAUCCUGAACUCCAAGCACUCGUACUCUGGGAAGGCUGCGGACGUGUGGAGUCUGGGGGUGGUGCUGUACACCAUGCUGGUGGGACGGUACCCCUUCCAGGAUGUGGAGCCAGCCGCCCUCUUCAGCAAAAUCCGAAGGGGGGUCUUCACCAUUCCGGAAUCCCUCUCCCCGAAGGCCAGGUGCCUGAUUCGCAACAUGCUCCGGAAAUCCCCAGCGGAGAGACUGUGCGCCAGCGAGAUCCUGCUCCACCCCUGGCUCAACUGCACCAGCAUGGCGUCCCUUGGCGCCCACCCCAACCCAGCCGACAAAACCACUCCCGAUCAGGUGGUGCCCGACAAAUACGAGGCCGGAGACUGUUUGUAGUGCGAGAGCUGUCCUGGCGUGAGAAAUGCUCGGAGUGAAAAUUCAAAAAGAGAAACUGCUGAGGGAAGCCAGUGGGAGGUGGGAGCAGCCUGGAUUGUAUUGAGUGACUGGUCUGUUCCAAGGGAUCUGUGGAGACCAUUGGAAUCAGCCAGGAACUGACAUUUGCGGUAUUUGUAUUUCAAGCCUUCAGAAGGUGACUGACAAAGUGUUGCAAACGUGAAGGUUUGGUGCACAAGGACUGGGCUUUGGAGGUGCUUUGCAAGGUUAAAACUGAUGACCGACAACCAGACUCGCGCGCACACACACAGGUGGAAUGGACAUAGCAGUGGGGCGACUUCAAUAACGUCGUUCUUUUGAAUGUGGCACACAAAAUACAUCGGCUUCUCUGCAACCUUAAAAAAACAAAAGAAAAAAGCCAGCACCUUGUGUCGUAAACGCUGUUUCCACUAUUGAUUUCGUUUCCACUUCAUUGAGAAAAGAAAAUAGUCAGUGAAAUCCUGCCCUGCUUUUUUGUUCUGUUCUAUCUAUAGAUAACGAUCGUUUUUCACGCCGUAGUUCUUGUGCCAAUAUUGAUUCCUUCCGCUGGCUAUGCUUUCAAGUCAGCGCCACAGGGGAAUAGGUCUGUUCCAUUAAGGAAUAUAUUUGGCAGACAGACCCCCACCUCUUCCACCCCUCAUGAGAAUGAUGUAUUGAAACUCAGCAGCUUUUUCCUAUGCAAAAACCACUCACUGGUGUCUUUGUUGCACUGAAAUUCACACGAUUCGGAGAUGUCCUUGGAAGGAGGAGACCGGUUAUAAGUGUAGCAUUACUAAGGUUGGAUACCUCGGAAUCGGAUCGAAUCCUGGAAUACUUGAUGCACAACAGGGAUUGUGCUUUUUUUAGCGUUGUUGUUUACAAACGUUUGCCAUUUAAACCUGGGUCCAGCAAGUGGAAGUGCCUUGCUUUCAGACUGGUGAAGAUCCUGUAUACUACCAGCACUCUGCUUCCCAGUUACUGGGGAACCGCUCGGUUCAGGAGGUGUGGUGUGGGUUUUUUUGUGGUUUUUUUUUUUUUUUUUUUU